AUGUCAGCCCCCGGGCAGAAUAACGUCGAUCUCGACGCUCUCCUCGACCUCACCGAAUACGAUGGUCUCAACAACACCUCACCUUCUCUCUCGCCCUCAUCAAAACCUACAUACGCCAGCCCUGUCACCGCUGCCGUCGCUACUCCAAGCAUGUCAACAACCUCAUCGCAGAACUUGAGUGGACCAAGUCACAACUAUGACAUGUACCGCCAGCAAACUGGAUUUGUCCCAGGUGCCCUUGCCGACACCAUGGCUGUCAACCAGACCAACAACACUGGCUACCAAGACUUCGGAAGCCUCGACUACCUUUCGAAUUUGAGCCAAGAAGAAGAUAUUUUUGAUUUCAAUGCCACUCCUUCACAAGCCACCAUGGGCGCCUCUGAGAUGGAUAUGGACUUCAACUCUCCCCUGGACUCUCAGGAUCUCUUCUCUACCAUCAACCCAAGCAAUAUCGAACAGGCCAAUGCCCUGUCUUCUCCAAUGGGCUCGCAGGGUAGUGUUGGGCGCCUCUGGCCAGGUGCACACUCUCAGGCAGCCAUGAUGAAGGCUCAGGCCCAACAACAGAGACAACAAAUGUUGCAGCAGCAGCAGCAGCAGCAACAUCACCAGCGACAGAGCCCUCCCCAGCAGAAGCCUCGUGGAAAGGCUCCUCAGCCUACAGACCCCAUCGUCGAGCAGAAGAUUACCCAGCUCCUGAACUCCAUGAGGGCCAAGCCUGCUGAGCCUGAUUCGCAGAAGCAGCACACCAUGGUCAAUCUUCCCAAGUCCAAGAAGGACGAGGAUGAUAUGGAUGAAGAUGAGAGACUCCUUGCUAGCGAGGAAGGCAAGAAGCUCAGUAGCAAGGAACGCCGCCAGCUUCGUAACAAGGUUUCCGCUCGUGCUUUCCGUUCCCGACGCAAGGAAUACAUCACUCAGCUCGAAGCCGAGAUUGCAACCAAGGUCAACGAGAAUGGAGAUCUCCGUGCUCAGAACCGCGCCUUGAUGGAGGAGAACAAGAGACUGUCGGAUCUGACUCGCAUGCUCCUCACAUCGCCCUCAUUCUCCAACUUCCUUGACCACCUCAGCGCCAACCCAACAGCGAUCCCCUCUGCUCCCAUCAAGAUGGAACACCAGCAGCUUGAGCAGGCCAGCCAGCAGCAGCAGGAACAUCUGCCCAAGGACGUGAACCCUCAAGGUUCGCAGCCGUCCCAGCAGCAAAUCGGCAUGGCAAUGAUUCCAGAGCACAACAUGGACUUUUCCAUGUUGAGCCUCGCCAACAACCCGUACAACUUCCAGCCGCAAGUCUUUGUUGUUGACACCCCUGAAGUCCCCACUCUUGACACAUCUGUUCUGUCUGGUAAGGCCUCCAACUUUGUGGAGCCUCUUCUCGAGAGCGAUGAUGAGAAGGUGGAAAUUCCCGCCAUUGAGCGUCCUACCACCGACUCUGAGAAGACUGUCCCCACCGAGGUCGCCCCUGUGGAUGAAGACUUUGAGAACGACCCCGAGUUUGCGCUCUACCACUCUGAGCCUGCCACUGCCUCGGAGCCUUCUGAGGAGCUUGAUACCAACAGCCUGACCCAUAUCGAUAUCUUCGGCGGCAUCGAUUCCGAGAAGGUUCUUUCCCGGUACGAGCUCGUGGACGCAUCUGAGGAGCAAACAUCUGCUAUCCUUGCCAUGGCCAGGGUACAACGUAUCAGUGAUCACAUUGAGAGCGUUGUAUCGAGGUUAGAGCUCCUCACAAUGGACCUAUAA